AUGCGUCAAAACAACCUCCUCCUGCUCCUAACCUCUAGCGCGUCCGUUGCUAUUGCCACAGCGCCUCGUGGGGUUUCUCCUGAAGAUGCGCGCCUCUACGCAGGUAGCGCCUUCACCUGCCUUACACACCCAUCCAUAACUAUUCCCACCUCCCAAGUCAACGACGACUUCUGCGACUGCCCCGAUGGCAGCGAUGAGCCGGGCACCAGCGCCUGCGCACACCUUCCCCAUAGCGCGCUCGCCAUCCGAGGCUUCCACUGCCGUAACGAACAGCAUACCCCGGCAUUCCUCCCUCUGUCGCGCGUCAAUGACGGUGUCUGCGAUUAUGAGAUCUGCUGUGAUGGCAGCGAUGAAUACGCGCACGUCGGCGGGGUUUCGUGUAAGAACCGGUGUGCGGAGAUCGGGAUCGCCGCAAGGAAGCUCCAGGCCGAGCGGGAGAGGCUGAGAGGUGAUGGAGUUAAAGGGUGGGCAGAACUGGUGAAAAAGGCGCAGAUCAUGAGGAAAGAGGCCGAGGAUGAGGUGAAGACAACAGAGGUGAAAAUUGAGGGAAUUGAGGGGAAGGUAAAGGGGCUUGAGAGGGAGCUGAGGGAUGCUGAGGAGAAAGAGAGACGACGAGUGGUUAGGGCACCCAAAGAGGGGGAGGGUGGAAAGGUGGGUGUUCUAGUUGGGACGGCCAAAGAGAGGAGUGAGGAAUUGAGAGCCGGGCUAGAGAAGGUGAGAGAAGAGAGGGAUGCGGCAUUAGAGAGGUUGAAGAAAGCCGAAGGAAUUCUGGCCGCGCUGAAGGAGGGGUAUAACCCCAACUUCAACGAUGAGGGCGUCAAGACCGCCGUCAGGGCGUGGGAGGAGUACCUUGCACAGGAAGAGACUUCCACAAAGCUCAAUGAUGCCGAAGAGAGGGACCUAGACGACCUUCUGGGUGAAGAUCCAGUCGACUGGGACGAGUUCCUCGAGGUCGACGAGCCGCAGAGUGAUCUCUACAAUAUCGAAGCCUACCUCCCGGAGAGCAUUAAAGUCUGGGUUCAUGACAAGCUCCACGACUUCCGCCAAAUUCUCGUCGAGAAUGGCAUCCUUGCCCCAGCCCCAGACACCCCCGGCAUAGAGUCUAAAGCUGUCAAUGCCGCCCGUGCCGCGCUCAAAACCGCCGAGUCCGAAGAACGCAAUAACCGCGCGCGCCUCACCGCCUUGAACGACGAUCUCAACACGGCCUAUGGCCACAAUGACGUCUUCCGCCCGCUUAAGGGAGAGUGUAUUGACGCUGACGUGGGUGAAUACAAGUAUGAGUUCUGCUUCCAUGGAAAGGCUCACCAGAAAUCGCUUAAGGACUCGUCGAGCACGUCGCUGGGUAGCUUUGCGCGUAUUGAGUAUACAACGCCGGAGGAUGUUGGUGGCCAGCAUGGGUUAUUUGAUGCUGGGUGGGAGGAGGCUCAUGAAGAGGGCCUCAGUGGUGUAGUAUUGAAGUAUGAUAAUGGGCAACAGUGCUGGAAUGGGCCAAAGAGGAGUGUCAAUGUCGAGCUCUAUUGCAGCGCAGUGAAUGAGCUCAGGAGUGUGCGGGAAGAGGAGAAGUGUGUAUAUAGGUUUGAGGUCGGAACGCCCGCUGUAUGUGGUGAUAGGGUGGAGGAUGCUAAGGGGGAGUCUAUGGAGGAGAGGGUGAGGGAUGAGUUGUAG